AUGUCGCAUCGCUUGGCUCGCCGCAGAGCCCGGGAGGUGGAUGCCCUGUCCCGCGUCGCGCGUGUGGGUAGCGCCCUGCAAAGCCGCGCCGUGUGGCGGGUGGACGUGGAGGCCAACGUGGCCGAGUUUCGGGCCCCGGGCGCGGUCCCCGUCCGGGGCCGCCUGAGUCGGAAGCUGCGGGCCGACGUGGCGCAGCUCGCGGCGCUGCCGCCGCCGGAAGCGCCGGAGGCGCUGAUUCCAGCGCAGACAGCCCUCGAUGCUGAGCCGCGGUUGCAGGACCUGCCUCGGCUUCUGCGGCGGCUGCGCCGCCUGCCGCUCCGGUUCUUGGCGCCGCAGCUGCCGCUGCUGGCCAAGCAGGUGGAGGAGCUGCCCGGCGAACCCAAAGCACGGCUGUGGAAUGCGGUGGCCCGCAGAGUGCUGGUGAACUCCGGGGUGUUCCCGGUGCAGGUCUUGGCCUACGCAUUGCCGGAGCUGCAGAGGGCGGGGCAUCUGGCGAAGGUCUCGGCCCUCGGGAAGUUGGUGCGGGGCUUGGCGCGGCAGCCGCUGGCCUCGACGAGCUCCACGCUGCCCAUGCUGAAGUGCUGCCGCGUGCUUCAGCUGCAACUGGCGCAGUCCAAGCCAACGGCGCCUGGGCUGUGGGCGGAACGCGUCCACCAGAUGCUGAGCCGGCGCCUGCCGAGCAGAUUCGCCCAAGCGCCUGCGGCGGAGGUGCUGCCUUGGAUGGACUUCUAUGCAGAGCAAGGGUUAGUGGAUGGGCAGCACCUGCAAGUCUGGGAGAAGGCGGGGGCAUCCCUCAGGGAGGCCUUCUUGUCCCAGGAGGAGGAGAGGCAGCUGCGGGAGUUGCAGGACAAGGUGCCGCUUUGGGUGGGGGAGUGCUUGCCUCACCCACCUGCAAAUGAUGCGGUUGCAACUUGGCAGCCACCGUUGGACGAGGGCGACCUUCCCGUGGAUGACACCAUGCCUAUGCCUGGGACACUGGAGCCAGUUCCCAAGAAUGUGGAUCCAUCCUUGUUGCCUCCUAUGUACCAGAUGUCUCCCCCAGUGCCGGUGCUUUGGCACACCGCUCCAGAGAACUACGAGCGGAAGUUGUCGCGCCUGGGCCCAAGGCAGCUGGUUCUGGCCCUGCGCUACGUAGCCGCAGACGGCGCGGGGAUGGUCUCCGCCGCUAGCGUUGCGGACGUGCCGGCGCAGCAUGCCAUGACUGAGCUGUCGCGUGGCGUGAUGCCCAGGCGGCACCGCAGCCGCACCAAGGCGCAGGCCUUCGUGGGAGCAUUGCUCAGCCACCUGGUGAGCCGCAUCCGCAGCGUGAGGUCCAACGAGGCCUGCUCGGCCGUGAAGAGCCUGGCAGCGCUCAAAAGGCUGGGCUUGGCAAGCCAUGACGCCAGCGAGGCGUUGCAGGCGCUCAUCUCUGGGCCGCUGUCUGGCUGGAAAGUUGCGACAGCCCUGACUCCACGCGAUGUGGCGCUGCUGCUGCAAGGCAUGUCUGCCUUGGCAGUGGAAGAUGGUGAGGUGUCGCCGGUGACACUUACGGCCCGUGCUGCCCUGGACACCGCUGCAGCGCGGCUCUUGGACCUUGCCACCUGCGCCUUGCAGGAGGCUGGCGCGCCGCCCGGGGCGCUCAGGACUCUCUGCGGCGCCGCGGCGCACGCGGCCGAGUUCGGGGGCCGCCCGGCGCGGCGGGCGCUGCGGCGGUUUUUGGUGGCCGCGGCCGCGGCGGCGAGGGAUGGGCCGCACGUUUCGGCUCCAGUGCUGAGGCAGCCUUUGGCAGUGCUGCGGGCAGCCGGGGACGCCAAGGUUUGGUCCUCGGAUGCCUUCGAGAUGCUGGCGCCUAUGGUCACAGAGCUUAUCUUUGGCAGGGCUGUUCGGAAGCUGCCAGGCUUCGAGCGAGACUGGAAGCCAUUGCUGCCAAGACACGACCACAUCCAGGGAGCCUGGCGCAUUGAGGAGCUAGCAGAGGUGGCCUGGCUUUAUGCAAGAAGCAGUAGUCAGAGACCAUUGGAAGGCCAAACCGCCACUGCCCUUUCACUCACACUCUUGAUCCACCUGCCGGCGCUGCAAUCAGCUCUUGGUGAAGAAGUCUCAGAUCAAGCAGUCUUGGAUUCACGGCUUUUGGCGUUUGCGUCUGAUGCCAGUCGCAUCCUGCGUUCUGCUGCAGACACUCCCUUCUUCGAGCCCUGGGUUCGCCCUGUGAAGUUUCCUGGGCACGAGUCCCAGCUGUCGCCUUCCAGCGACCAUUUCGAUCCCCAGCUGCUCGCAGAUGGGAGCGCGGCUCGGCAGCUGCUGCUGAGGUGGCGGAAGCUGACGUCGGCACCCGCGGCCGGCGCUCGGCGACGGUCGCGGGCGCUCGCCAGCGACGCAAGCCUUGGCCGGGACGCCCUGGCGGCGUGUACGGCGCUGGCGCUGCUUCGCUCCGAGAUCGCCGGCCACGCCAUCUCCUGCUUGCUGCGGGCAUCUUCCAAGCAACUGGCCAGCAGUGAGCUAAGACUGUGGCUCAGGCAGUUCCGGCAACACCGAGCCGCCAAAAAGGAGGCUACAGAUCGUGAAGCGCAUGCUGGAAGAUCACUUGAGCACGUCCGCUCCUUCCCUCACAAAGAUGCUUUUGACAAGAUACUGAUUCCAUGA